GGAAAGGAACGACCUUAUUCUACAACAGUAAAACGAAUCGCAUAAAGCCUGUGUUACUAAACUACUGACUAGGUAUAUUUGCGGAACUAUUGACAACAACGUCAAACGUAUAGCGUUAAAAUUAUCUACUGGGAAACAGAAGUAGCUUGCUGGACCAAAAGGUUUUUUUCUCUCCCACCCCUUCCUUCCUACCUUCCUUCUUCUGGACCAAAACUACGCGGAGUUCUGGUGGAUGCACUGAAGUCACAGUGUCAAAGCACACGCGUUGCUAGUAUUUCACAUCCACAAAGUGAUCACAAUGAUCACUUGGAAAUGUGUCCCCUAUAUGUGACCUUAAUUAUAAACAAUUUACAUAAAAUAUAGCCUAGCAGUGCGCGCUCUCGGUGAAGCGCAGCAUCAGCACCAGUAACUGAUGCGCGUCCCCGCCCCGGCAGAGGCUACCCGAGAUCCCGGGAAGAGGAGUUGAAACUGCGCUAGUUAAAGUUGGGAAAAGGGGGGUGAAAGGAUGCUACCGUGCCCUGUGGAUAGGAGAACACAAUCUACGAUCUAAUUAACAUAGCAUGUGCGGAAACGCGUGUCCUCUGUAAAGGAUGAUUUGCAAAAUAUUGAGCAUAAUCCUUUUAUUUUGGGGUGUUCAAGAAUGCUCAUCACAUGAAUGUGUUGAUCCCUUGGUAUCUUCGCUCUAUGCCAACUCCUUCUUGGCCUCUUCCAGAUAUAACUUUUUGUACUCGGCCAACUUUGCCAAAUUGUAUGGGAGCAGUGGCUGGUCCCCGUCCCCCCGGGACAGACAGCCCUGGCUGCAGAUUGAUCUGAAGAGGAAGUACCGCAUCCAGGCCAUUGCCACCCAGGGCACCUUCAAUUCCUAUGACUGGGUCACCAAGUACACCCUUCUCUAUGGUGACCGCCCCGACUCCUGGACGCCCUACGUUAUGAAAGGAGGGAACUCGACGAUGCCUGGGAACUGGAACUACCACCAGGUGAAGAGGAAUGUGUUCCACUAUGCCUUCACAGCCAAACACAUCCGCCUCCUGCCCCUGGGGUGGAACACAGAGAAUGGAGGCAAGAUUGGUGUCCGGCUGGAGGUGUUUGGCUGUGCUUACGACUCCUACGUGAUGCAGAUGAACGGGGACGACUCGGUGGCCUUCAUGUUCCCAGGGAAGAGGUUCCGGACCCUGCAGGACCAUUUUGCCGUGAACUUUAAGACCCUGGAGCAGGACGGGCUGCUGCUACACAGUGAGGGAGUCCAGGGAGACAUCUUGACCCUGGAGCUGAGGAAAGGACGCCUCGUCCUCACCAUCGGCCUAGGAAGCAGUACGGUCAACCAGGUGGACGGUCGGACCACAAUGACCGUUGGCAACAUACUAGAUGACCAGCACUGGCAUUAUGUCACCAUCAAGCGCUACGGUCGACAGGUCAACUUCACAGUGGACGCUCACACUGAGACGGCCAUUAGCAAAGGAGAUUUCACCUACAUAGACCUGGACACGCAGAUGUAUGUCGGCGGAGUGAUUGAGCCCAAUGUGCCCCACCUCCCAGAGGUUCCUAACUUCCGUGGCUGCCUGGAGAACGUCUUCAUCAACGGGAUCAACGUCAUCAACAUGGCCCAGGACCAGGAGCCUGAGAUACGCAUCCCUCGGCAGAAAAAGAUGCACUACGCGUGCCGUGACAUCCUAUGGAAGCCCAUGACCUUCGCCGGGCCCAACAACUACCUGCAGGUGCCUGGGUUCUUCAGGAAGCCUCGGAUGUUUGUCAAGUUUAAGUUCCGUUCCUGGGACUACACAGGCCUGCUGAUGUUUACACGCUUCGCUGACGACCUGGGAGCCUUGGAGCUGGGCCUGAGUGAGGGACAGGUCAAUGUCACACUCUUUCAGCCAGGCAAGAAGAAACUACAGUUCGCAGCAGGUUACCGUUUGAAUGACGGUUUCUGGCACACGGUAGACGUAGCAGCCAGGGACAACCUACUGUCCAUCACCAUAGAUGAGGAGGAGGGCUCUCCGCUGAAAAUCACCAACCCCUUCACUGUCCGCACAGGGGACCGCUACUUCUUUGGAGGGUGUCCGAAGACUAACAACACGAUCAGGAAGUGUGAGACCAAGCUGAACCACUUCCACGGCUGCAUGCAGCAGAUCUUUAUCGACAACGAGCCGGUGGACAUCGACAUCAUCCUGCAGCGACGCUGGGGACGCUACGCUGAACUGUUGUUGGGCACCUGUGGUAUCACUGACAGAUGUACUCCAAACCCCUGUGAGCACGAGGGCAGAUGCAUCCAGUCCUGGGAUGACUUCAUAUGUCUGUGCGAGAACACAGGCUACAAAGGGGAGGUGUGCCAUAUGUCGGUCUACAAAGAGUCGUGUGAGGCCUACAGACUUACUGGCAAAUCCUGGUCAGGGAAUUAUACCAUAGACCCAGACCUGAGCGGACCCUUGAAACCAUUCGAGGUGUACUGCACGAUGAAAUCCGACAAGGCAUGGACGAUAGUGAUGCAUGACCGUAUCGACGGUAUCAAGGUGACCGGUAGCACGGUGGACCGUCCUUACAUAGGAGAUGUCAACUACUGGAAUGCCUCCUGGGACGAUGUCACAGCACUGGCCAACACCUCCAUGUACUGUGAACAGUGGAUCGACUACUCCUGCUAUAAGUCACGCAUCCUCAACACGCCCAAUGGGAGACCGUACAGUUUCUGGAUUGGUCGAAAUAACGAGAGUCACGAGUACUGGGGCGGGGCUUUCCCUGAGAGUGGGAAGUGUGGCUGUGCUAUCAACCAGACCUGCACUGAUGCCAGGUUUCACUGUAACUGUGACGCUGACUACCGCCAAUGGUACUCAGACAAGGGCUAUCUGAUGUGGAAGGACCACCUCCCAGUGAGGAAGGUGGUGGUGGGGGACACCAACAGGACGGGGUCAAAGGCCCACAUCAGCCUCGGGCCCCUACGUUGCCAUGGCGACAGGAGCAUCUGGAAUACCAUAUCGUUCACCAAGCCCACCUACAUCGAGUUCCCCACCUUCAGGCCAGGCAGCACCGUCGACAUCUCCUUCCACUUUAAAACCUACCGCCCCCACGGAGUCUUCUUGGAGAACUCAGACGACUGGCUCCGUAACUUCAUACGCAUUGAGCUCAACACCACCCAGAACCUGGUCUUCAUAUUCAUGGUGGGAGACGGCAUCCUCAACGUGACGCUACGCUCGCCGGUGCCUCUAAACGACAACGAGUGGCACUUUGUCCAGGCAGAGCUCAACGUGAAGUUGGCCAGGAUCAAGGUGGACUAUCAGCCAUGGGCUGUGAGACGCUUCCCUGGCCAGACCUUUGUCACCAUGGAGUUCACCCACCCUCUCCUCGUGGGCGCAGCCAAUCGCACGCUGUGGCCAUUCCUGGGCUGCCUCCGAGGGUUACGAAUGAACGGGGUAACCCUUGACUUGGAAGGCAAAGCGAAUGAGGAACAGGGUAUACGGCGGAACUGUACGGGCCAGUGUCUGAACGCGACCAUACCGUGUCGAAACGCCGCCCAGUGUAUCGAGGGCUACGCCGCCUACACCUGUGACUGCGGCAACACUGCCUUCGACGGAUUCUACUGCCACAAAGACAUUGGGGCCUACUUUGAGAUAGGCUCGUGGUUGCGCUACAACAUCAGAAAGAAGCCUACGACCAAUGAGGAGUGGUGGGCUAACUGGCUGGACCCCCACUAUCACAACUUCAGCCUGGGCUACAACGACACCAGUGAUGAGAUAGAGUUCAGCUUCAGUACCUUCCAGACGCCGGCUGUACUGCUCUACAUCAGCUCUUUCGUCCAGGACUACAUGGCUGUCAUCCUGAAGAAAGAUGGAACCUUAGACAUGAGGUAUAGGUUGGGGUUGAUUACCCACAAGUACCAGUUGUCCUUCAGGAACCUGGCAGAUGGAUACCCCCACUACGUCAACAUAACCAGACACAACAGGACCAUCAGGACACAGGUGGACUACAUGGAGCCGAUAGUGGAGAAGAUCACCCUAGUGGAGGACGGCAGGUUUGACUCACCCAAGAACAUCUUCCUGGGGAGAGUGAUGGAGGUGGGUGAUAUUGACUAUGAGAUCCAGAGGCAUAACAGUCCUGGUCUGGUGGGCUGUAUAUCUGGGGUGAGGUACAACAUCUACGCCCCUCUUAAGACCCUAUUCCGGCCGAACGAGACGGAACCGCCGGUCACCGUGCAGGGCUUCGUCUCCGAAUCUAACUGUGGGGCCUUCCCUCCUGUCCAUGGAUAUGUCCCCUGGGAGGCGGACCACUGGUUCACUUCUAUAGAAUACAUAUAUAUCCACGAUGACCUAGGCCUGUUUUGGUUGACAGUUGUCGUCGCCGCGGCCGUGAUAUUGCUGUUCAUAGGUCUGUACAGCAUCUACAUUUAUCUGUACCGGUACAAGGGCAGCUACCACACCAACGAGCCCAAGAACUUCCUGGAGUCUCCUGGAGGCAGCAGCUCCAGGCCCCUAACAGGGACCCUGGAGAAGAAGCGAUAUCCAGCGAUAGAGGAAGACUUUCGGAGUGACUAGCCUCAGGCUGCGGAACGGUGGGAGGGAGGAGGGGGUGGGAGGGAUUGAACGCUUUUGGGGCUUACAACAACCACAAUACCUGUUUAUGUUUUAUAAUUCCUUUAACUUUUUGAUUUACUUUUCGGUUUUUGUUUUCCUUUCCCCAGGUAAGUGUUAUCUUAAGCCUGGUGCUCGACGUAGUGUUGUUUUUCUAAUGUGUUCAUAGUUUUGCAGGCUUCGGAGAUCAAAUCAAGUCCGGAUUGCGUGAGUGACGACCGACCAAGCUCACACUGUAUUGAAGGGUUGACCAACUGAAGUGCCUCGACAGAGCAAAAUGAGAUCAGAAAUAACCCCAUGAGUUCAUUGAGGAUUUGAGACUUUGGGAAUUAGAUUUCACACGCAGUAACACGUAUUCAGCAGCCUCUUCUGGUUUGCAGGUCUGUCAUUGAGAUCACUUGAUAGAUCAAUGCCAUCUACUGUGUAACUCUUUCCGACCAUCCACUCUUGCAGCCGUUUCGAUAAAGCCAUCCAAACUAUCCCACUCGCCCCAUCCUUUGACUAGUGAGCCAGGAUCCACCACAGAGAGAUGCUGCAACGGUGCAGCAACAACAACCGCAGCAACAACAACAACACGCACAAUCUGGCAUCUGCAAACAGCCUGUCCUGCUUAACACCAAUUGAAGAAGCUAUAAAAAGCAUGGAGCUAAAAGCUUUGACAUGACAUAUCUAAAGAAUAAUGGAAGGCAUAUAAACAUAUAUUUGUUGUAUUGCAGCCUAUGAAAUUGCAUACCUAUACAAAAGAGGAACAUGUAUUAAUGGUUAGUUUCAUGAGAUAGCAGCUUGGCCAAUUACAGCUCUGCGAUUCCUAACCCGAUUCCCAAACCAAUCAAUGAAGCAGUCAUGUACGAUCAACAAAACAUACUGAAUAGAUGUGACAUUUGGCUCGGAAUAUAAGACGAUCGCCAAUAUUCUUGUUCAGAAUCCUCAGAGUAACAUGUGAAAUGGCUGGGUAGCCGCGGCAGUUUGACGUUUCCCAGCGGUAGUGCUAUUCGUGUUGGUGUGAGACUGGCCGUUGGUGCACUGCAGAAAAGGGAAAGGAGAUGUUGUACCAGGGACAGGACAACCUUAUUGCUAGUAAUCCUCAUUCCACGCUUCGUUUUCUACUUCCAGUAGCGAGUGAACAUGCGGCUGAAAUCUGGGUGCUAUUUCAGAUUCAGAGGCCCCGGCGUGGAGGGGCACCUACCAACAGCAGCCUCUAUUGUGUAGAGGACCACAACAAUGUCAAUGCCAGUCUUGUACUUCUUCUCACCACACUAGACUAUUUUUGCAUCUGACUGCUCUGUAGGACAGUGCUGUGCUGCGCCGCCCCCCCCCCCGCCGCUGUUGCUUCUUACCCACUGGGCACUGGCUGAAUCAACGUUGUUUCCACAUUAUUUCAAUGAAAUUACGUUGAACCAACGUGGAAUAGACGUUGAAGUGACGUUAGGUGCUUCUUAUGGUGCUUCUCUUCCUUUAGGUCCAAUGAUAUUUCCCUGUCUGGAAAGUCACGAUUUCAGGUUAGACGGUGGGUGAGGUUACGGUCAGGGAUGAUGUUCCCAGUAGGUGAAACGUCCUUGGACCCAUGUAAUGUGUGGCGUGGUAGCCAAAGCUUAGGUCUCUGACAUCAUCACCCAGCGCCCUUUGUAGCUCAAGCAGUAAUACAUCAUAGGAAAAAAGAGAGAAAACAUAAGAGCAUUUUGAAAAUAUAUAGAGCAAAAAUAUAUAGAGCAUGAUGAUCGCACCUUGCAAUGAAAUGCAAUAAAAUCAGCCGCUUCCAGCGCAGGUCACCUCAAGGUAUUUUUUGUGUCUGUUCCGUUCGCAGCAACUUGCAGCAGUUAGGAUCCUAGACAUAAUGUGUAUUACGUGAAUAUAUGAAUAAGGUGUUUAUCGACUUUUUUUCUUCAUUCCUAUGGUUUGUAUGAAACCGUUGAAAAUGAGUGGAGGCUGAGAGGUGUGAAUGUAAAAUCCUAAUCAUGACCCUGUAAUGUGGACAGGCUCUGCAGCAAGACCUGCUCUGCUCCUCUCUGUGUGUGCUCUGUAUGAUAUGUACACUCAUUACACUGAAAACUAUUCAGCAUAGCUUUCUCACAUGUUCAGGAUGUGGAUAAUACAGUACCCUCCCAAUGUUUCAGUAGAAAACAUCACAGAACAUAUUUCAACAUCUUUGGUUUUUAGCCUGUUAAGCCAUAUUUGUCAGAAUGUACCAUUUGAAAUAGUAUUAAUGUUAGCAUUGGGCAAUUAGAGUAGUAACAUGUUCCACCUCUGGAGCAAUAGGAAGGACGUGUUUUUGUACAGAGAUGGACCUCUUACAGAGCUCAUAGUAGACCAGUCAACAACCUGGAUCAAAUGUGCUUUGAAGCCUUUUAGGGAAACAGUCGACUUAUUGAUAUAUUAUGUAAAUGUCUACGCUGCGAUGCGUUUAUUUGAAGUGGACUACAGUACAUGUGCAUCCUGCCGAGCAUCACUGGCUAGUCCAUCCAUGCGUGGUCCCUGGAGUGUGUGUGAUUGAAUGUAGAGUAGACGUGCUGGUUUGUGUGUUCACAGUUCUGUUUGUCACCUAACCCUCCCUACUGAUGAUGAGGAUAGUCUCUGCACUGAUGAUGUGAAUGAGCCAACUCACUUGUUGUCGUCCACCAAUAGCAGAAAAGUGAGCAGAUAGUGAUUGGGUGCUGUCCAGGCAGGCUCCUCCCUACCCGGAUGUUGCUCUACAGCUCUUGGUAAUCAGGUAAAGCCAGAACAUCUUCAUCAGGUCAAAAUAUCAGUAUUUUUAAGGAUGUGUGUAUGACCACAAACUUGACUACACUGUAUGACAGCCUCAGCUCUUAGAUCUGAGCUGAUUGGCAGUCUAUAGCAAGUUCCCUACCUUCCACUCUUAGAAAAAAAGGGUUCUUCAGCUGUCCCCAUAUGAGAACCCUUUCCUGUAACCAAAAAGGGUUCUUCAAAGGGUUCUCCUACGGCGACAACCAAAUAACCAUUUAUGUUUUUUUUUUAAAUAGUGGAAUAUCAACUUAGUUGCGGAUAAACUUGGCCAUCCCUAUAGGGUGGCCGCCAGGGUGAGCAGCUAAGGUUCUCUGUGUAAAGGAGACUCAAAUUUAAUAAGGGGUUGAGGGAGUGAGCACAAGGGUGAAGGAGACAAGGAUUCUGUCCAUCCUAAAUGCAUGGUGUCAUCAUAUGACAGACUAGUGUUGUUCCCUACAGUGGAGGAGUGGCCUACAGACAGAGCUAGGGCAAGGAUAGAGGGAGGAGCAGGCAGGGGAGUGACCCCUCUGUGGGUCGCUACCCUAUAAAAUCUUGCAAGAGGAAGCACCAGUUAGUGACUGUAUGACCUAAUGUAGCAGGUGUAAAAGCCCCACAUUUGGCUUACAGGGGAAAAGAAGCUAGGUUGAAGAUACUGUAUCCCUGAAAACCGGAUGUCUCAGGUUUCUUAAAACCCUGCUGAAGGUGAUCGACUGCAGGACUUUGCGUUUGUGACCACAUUGAAAUCGUGGAGUUUUUUUUUUCUCCCUUUCUGUUAUGUGGUUUUGUUUUGUAAUAAGUUCACUGUAAAUGACCAUUACUAUGUUAAUCAAAGCAAAACCAAACUGACACUUCAAUAAAGAAUCCUGAAGGAAAUGAAAA